CCAGAUGACAUCAGUGGUCAUGAGCAGGCCGUAAAAGCAACCACGCUGGCUUUUAAAUGAAGACAUUCCAGUUGCUUUCGUUCGUAACCAAAGGUGCUCAGUUGCGUUACUUACCGAAUUGUUUACGAAGUGCAGAGAUUUUUACAUCUUCACUCCGCGAAAAGUUAGUACCAGAGUGGGGCUCUAAGAAGCACGCUAGCAAGCGAAAAUUACUCGUAAACACUAACCAUUUGAAAAUGGAUGCAGAGAUUGAGAAACAGCUGGCCCCUCUGAGGGCCCGAGUGAAGGAGCAGGGUGAUUUGAUUCGUCAAAUGAAAACUGAUGGAGCCCCAGAAAUGGACGUUAAAAAACUAGUUCAAGAACUGAAAAGUCGCAAAAAGGAACUUGAAGAUAUGACACUGAAGUUGUACCCACAAGACUUUUUUGAUCGGGCCAAAAUGAAUGAUCUUAUCAAACGAAGAUUUUUCUAUGAUAAUUCAUUUGCUAUAUAUGGUGGGAUUACAGGCCAGUAUGAUUAUGGUCCAUUGGGAUGUGAUUUGGUUGACAAUAUGCUCACAGAAUGGCAGAAGCAUUUUGUUAUUCAAGAAAGAAUGCUGAAGGUAAAUUGUUCAAUUCUCACCCCAGAACCCGUUUUGAAGGCCUCUGGCCAUGUUGAUAAGUUUGCUGACUAUAUGGUGAAGGAUGUUAAGACUGGUGAGUGUUUCCGGUUGGACCACUUGAUAAAGCAAUAUUUUGAGAAGUAUAUUGCAGAUAAGAAAGUUUCUCAGGAAGAGAAGGAUGAAAUUUCUCGUAAAAUCAACCUCCUUGAUGACAUGACUAUGAAAGAAAUGGAUGACAUUGUAAAAGCAUAUGACCUAAAGUCUCCGUCAACUGGCAAUAACUUAACAGAUGCUGUGGAAUUCAAUCUCAUGUUUCCUAUUUCUAUAGGACCAUCAGGGAAUAUGGCAGGGUUCCUGAGACCUGAAACUGCUCAAGGAAUUUUUGUUAACUUCAAGCGUUUGUUAGAAUACAACCAAGGAAAACUUCCAUUUGCUUGUGCCCAAGUAGGGAAUGCUUAUCGAAAUGAAAUUUCACCACGCUCUGGACUGCUGCGAGUGAGAGAAUUUACAAUGGCAGAAAUUGAACACUUUUGUUAUCCAGAUAAUAAGAGCCACACCAAGUUUAAUCAGGUUGCAGAUACAGAGAUGGUAUUGUACUCGGCAUGUGCUCAGAUGGAUGGAGAAUCUCCAAAGCGUAUGACAAUUACUGAAGCUGUUAGAGGACUUGGGGUGACCUCAUUUGGGCUUCUGGAAACAGCAUCAGAAGUGGAGGCAUUGGAUUACUACUUACGUGAUCGAAGCUAUAUAUUUGGUCAUGUACCCUCACAAGCAGAUGUCACAGUGUUUGAAGCAUUAAGACAAGCGCCUUCCUCUGAAUUCAGUCAUGUAACUCGUUGGUUUCAUCACAUUUCAAGCUUUGAAGAUAAUGAAAAACGAAACUUCCCUGGCAUAAGCGGAACAAUCGUAGAUCUCACAGGCGGACGACAUAAGGGUUUAGUAGCCAACGAAACCUUAGGUUACUAUAUGGCCCGUAUUCAACAGUACCUUCUCAAGAUUGGCAUUAAUCCCAAAAAACUAAGAUUUCGGCAACAUUUAGGAAAUGAGAUGGCUCACUAUGCAUGUGAUUGCUGGGAUGCAGAGUGUCUUACUUCUUAUGGUUGGAUUGAAUGUGUUGGAUGCGCAGAUCGAAGUGCCUAUGAUUUAAGUCAACACACAAAAGGCUCAGGUGUACGAAUGUCUGUGGAACGUCCUUUAAAAGAACCAAAAAUUGUAGAUUCAGUUGUUGCUCUUCCAGACAAGGUAGCUAUCGGGAAAACUUUCAAGAAAGAUGCUAAGGUUGUGCAGGAAGCAUUAGCAUCCUUGUCUAGUGAGGCUGCUGAGGAUAUGGAUAAAACCCUCAAUGAAGUUGGGGAGUGUGUAGUUAAUGGAUUCAAAUUAACAAGAUCAAUGGUGCCUGCAUUUAAAAGGGAGCAGAAGAAGAUACAUGUUGAAGAAAUUAUUCCAAGUGUUAUUGAACCUUCCUUUGGCAUUGGGCGUAUAUUUUAUUCGCUAUUAGAACAUACAUUUAGAAUAAGGGAGGAUGAUGAGAAGCGAACUUAUUUUGCCUUACCAGCAGUUGUGGCACCUAUCAAAGUUUCAGUAUUGCCACUUUCUAACAAAACUGAAUUUAUUCCGUUUGUUACACAAUUAGCUGAUACCUUAACUGAUCUGAAUCUGCCUCUGAGAGUUGAUGAUUCUACUGGAUCCAUUGGUCGGCGUUAUGCUCGGACAGAUGAGAUUGGGAUACCUUUUGGUAUUACAGUUGAUUUUGAUACUGUCAACAACUUGGCGCACACAGUCACUUUGAGAGAGAGGAACUCCACUGAGCAAGUGCGGAUGCCAAUUGAUGAAGUGCCCUUAAUCAUUCGGCAUUUAGCAGAUGGAAAGCUCCAGUGGAAAGAAGUUACAGAAAAAUGGCCUAAAUUUGUAGCUCAAGAAACUACUAAAUAACAUGAUUCAUUAUUAAUACAUUUUGUUGACUUACAAUUGUAAUACAUUUUUUGUAAGCUAUUAGUUUUUUUUUUUCUUUUACAGUGAAGUUCAUUGAAUAUGCAAAUGAAUUUAUGCACUAUUUGCUUGGUGUAAUGAAUAUCAAUUGGGAAUAUAACAGAUUUUUUAUGCCCUGAUUAGUUAAUUUUAAUAUUGGUUUUCUUCAAUUUUUUUUACAUUUUAAUACUGUGUAGGGCACAAACUUUGUAUGUCACUCAUUACUUUUCACAAUAUAUAAUUUGUAGAUAAUUUGUAGAAAGUUUGGGAAUCUUUGAACAAUGAUUUUCUUUUAAAUUUUGUUUUAUAAUAAUAAUUUGAAAAUGCAAU